AAUGUAGUGGACGGGACACUUCAUCAACAGUAACAACCGUUCGUCGGCCACCUCCGUAGCCAACAUUAUCGAAAACAGUCACUGUGUUUUAAACAUACUUCUGUCGUGUCUAUAUGUUGGCCCAUUUAAUGUAACGUUAAUAUUUACGUUGUUUUUCAGGUAGCUGGCUUGCUAAGUUAGUUUUGCACGAGGCUAAUCGCUAAUGCUAAGUAGCUAGCUAGUUAACAUCCCCGAUCAUGAGUUCACUAAGCUACUCCACUCCUGCUGAAGAAGAAGAGGUCUGCUGGACGGAGAAAGAAGAAGAGGCUGUCACAGUUAAACAAGAAGUAGAGGAUGAGGCUGUUACUGUGAAAGAAGAAGCGAAUGAAGCUUUCAGAGUGAAAGAAGACGAGGAAGUUACAGUGAAAGAAGAGGAAGAAGUUUUUGGAGUGAAGAUGGAGGGGGAGAUGACUGUCACAUUGAAAGAGGAAGAAGAGGAGGGGCAGAUGACUGCAACGUUGAAAGAGGAAGAAGAGGAGGGGGAGAUGACUGUCACGUUGAAAGAGGAAGAAGAGGAGGGGCAGAUUACUGCAACGUUGAAAGAGGAAGAAGAGGGGCAGAUUACUGUCACGUUGAAAGAGGAAGAAGAGGAGGGGCAGAUUACUGUCACGUUGAAAGAGGAAGAAGAGGAGGGGCAUAUUACUGUCACGUUGAAAGAGGAAGAAGAGGAGGGGCAGAUUACUGUCACGUUGAAAGAGGCAGAAGAGGAGGGGCAGAUUACUGUCACGUUGAAAGAGGAAGAAGAGGAGGGGCAGAUUACUGUCACGUUGAAAGAGGAAGAAGAGGAGGGGCAGAUUACUGUCACGUUGAAAGAGGAAGAAGAGGAGGGGCAGAUGACUGUCACGAUGGAAGAGGAGGAAGAGGAGACGGGAGAUCUGAGUAACACCAGAAAGAGACCAGAUUCUCACUCCAGUAGGAAGAGAUUCUCCGAUAAAGGGAAGAGUCCUUCAGGGAAACCAGAACCAGAGACUCCCAAACCAGCAAGAGGACACCACUGUUCCCAGUGUGGAAAGAGUUUUAUGAAGUUACGGAACCUUAAAGAGCAUGAGAGGACACACACGGGAGAAAAGCCUUUCCAAUGUUCCCAGUGUGGAAAGAGUUUUACCGUGUUAGUUAACAUGAAAAGGCAUGAGAGAAUACACACUGGAGAAAAGCCAUUCCAUUGUUCCCAAUGUGGAAAGAGUUUUACCUUGCUAGUUAACAUGAAAAGGCAUGAGAGAAUACACACAGGAGAAAAGCCUUACCAAUGUUCUCAGUGUGGCAAGAGUUUUACCCAGUUAGGGAGCCUGAAAAUACAUAACAGAAUACACUCUGGAAAGAAGUCUUACCACUGCUCCCAAUGUGGGAAGAGUUUUAACCUGUUAAAGCACCUGAAAUCACAUGAAAGAACACAUUCAGGAGAGAAGCCUUUCCACUGUUCUCAAUGUGGAAAGACAUUUUCUCAGUCAGAGGACCUGAAAUCACAUGAGAGAAUAGAGAGGCUGUGUUCUGACUUGUGUUUUUGACUGGGAAUUUGUGUUUUUGUUAAUGCAACUUGAAGUCAUAUUGUUGAUAUGAAACCUUACUAACAUACACCUUAGCCAAAUAUAUUUAAACUCAGUUUUUCACAAUUCCUGACAUUAAAUCCUUGUAAAAAUGCCCUGUCUUAGGUCAGUUAGGAUCACCACUUUAUAUUAAGAAUGUGAAAUGUCAGAAUAAUAGUAGAGAGAAUGAUUUAUUUCAGCUUUUAUUUCUUUCAUCACAUUCCCAGUGGGUCAGAAGUUCACAUACACUCAAUUAGUAUUUGGUAGCAUUGCCUUUAAAUUGUUUAACUUGGGUCAAACAUUUCGGGUAGCCUUCCACAAGCUUCUCACAAUAUGUUGGGUGAAUUUUGGCCAAUUCCUCCUGACAGAGAUGGUGUAAAUGGGUCAGGUUUGUAGGCCUCCUUGCUCGCACACUCUUUUUCAGUUCUUCCCUUACAUUUUCUAUAGGAUUGAGGUCAGGGCUUUGUGAUGGCCACUCCAAUACCUUGACUUUGUUGUCCAGUUAAGUAAUUUUGCCACAACUUUGGAAGUGUGCUUGGGACCAUUGUCCAUUUGGAAGACCCGUUUGCAACCAAGCUUUAACUUCCUGACUGAUGUCAUGAGAUGUUGUUUCAAUAUAUCAAUAUAAUUUUCCUUCCUCCUGAGGCCAUUUAUUUAAUGAAGUGCAACAGUCCCUCCUGUAGCAAAGUACCCACACAACAUGAU